AUGGAGACUAUUCACCCGACGACAUGCGCCAGCUGCGGGACGCAGGCAACCAUGCGGUGCGCUGGAUGCACAGAUGCGCCGGACUACGAUCCUGGAGAUUCCAUGAAAGUUGUUUACUGUGAUCGAAACUGUCAAAAAAAGCACUGGAAUGACCACAAGAGCCGUUGCCGUGUCAUGAAGCAGCGUAAAAUAUUGUUGAGGGCAGCCACCAUCCUUCGAGCAGCUUUGUUGACCUACCGAGAGAUUCUAUAUGAUAUCGACCUCACAAAAAUUGAAGCGAAAGAUGGAAUGCUCUAUCUUUACCAAAACCAAAGAGCUGUCACCUCCCGUGUCAAGUGGGGACCCUUUCCAGACCAUUUGACCUCCAAUGCCGAGCACAGAGAGGCAGCUCUCACUAUCAACCAGUGCACGAUGGCCACGGCGCUUUUGAGUCGUCUUACCAGAAACUUUCUCACAGGCAAGUCACUUCGGAUGAGAAAAACAUACUAUGAGUCCUUUCUUACAUUUUCCAGGAUGAUUAAGAUUGACUUAUUAUCUACCAAGGAGUUGUGGAUAAUUGACACAGCAGGGUGUCAGUAUGGGUUUCGCGAGGUUCUGGUUCCGUUCAACAAGUACAUUGCAGACAAGGCCUGCCAAGUAGGAGGCAAGCCCACCACAUACAAUUGGACAGAAACGAAAGACCUCGAUUAUUUCUCUACGCUGCCUUUCAUGAACUCACGAGCCCAAAAGCAGGACCGGGAGGUAGAACGAAAGGCUCGGUUACACUUUGCCGACUUUGUUGACAGACAUGUCAAGGCCAAUAUACUGGAUGGUUCUGCUUCGGAGUUUAGCAACAAGCUUGCCAGUCUGGUUGAGAGAUUGAAGAUACAUAUGCUGAACUUUGCGGAAUCUCAAAAUGGAACUCGGGCAUGA